CAGGACCGGCGUGACUUCCAAACCCAGCAGAGGUGGGACGUUAAAGUUCCAGGUGGCCUUCGGGGUCGCGUGGGAAUCGCGGCAGCUGCCUUGCACACCUCCCCUACCCUUGAGCAAGGUGGCAUCAAGCCGUCCCUGGAGGUUACAUAAAGGGACGAGCGGGGGGGAUCACCGGAAGGGACUCGAGAGGUCUGUCACGAUGAGGGUCUUGCUCGUGUUGGCUGCUUUGCUCGUCGCCGUGUUCGGCAAGGAGACGUUUGAGGGACACCAGGUCCUCCGCAUGGUGGCGAAAGAUGAAGAACAGCUGUCGCUUCUGAAACAAAUGGAGGACAUUGAGGAGUACGAGCUGGACUUCUGGAAGGAGGUGAGCAACGUGGACGCUCACGUGGACGUCAGGGUUCCCCUCGGGAGUCUCGAGGCCGUCAAACUUUUCCUGGACACCAACGACAUCGAGUACUCCGUCAUGAUUGAAGACUUGCAGGCGAUUCUGGACGAGGAGCAGGAGGAGAUGGACGCCUUUGCUUUUGAAAUCGAGCCCAGAAACACGAACAGCUUCGACUUCUCGAGAUACCACAGCCUCAGCGAGAUAUACAGUUUCCAGGACAUGCUGGUGGCCGAGAACCCCCAACUCGUCAGUAAGGUGGUGAUUGGUCAAAGCUACGAGCGACGUCCGCUCAACGUGCUGAAGUUCAGCACGGGUGGUAGCAACCGUCCGGCCAUCUGGAUCGACACCGGUAUUCAUUCUCGUGAAUGGGUGACUCAGGCUAGCGGCGCCUGGUUUGCCAAGAAGAUCGUCGACGACUAUGGCCGCGAUCCCGCCCUCACUGCCAUCCUCAAAAAGAUGGACAUCUUCCUGGAAAUUGUCACCAACCCAGACGGCUACUACUACACGCAUACUAAAAACCGCAUGUGGCGUAAGACCAGGAAGCCCAACCCUGGUUCUUCGUGUGUAGGCGUGGAUCCCAACAGGAACUGGGAUGCUGGUUUUGGAGGCCCGGGUGCUAGCGGAAGUCCUUGCUCAGAGACUUAUCGCGGGCCGCGGGCACACUCGGAGUCGGAGGUCAGCUCCAUCGUGAACUUCGUCAAGUCUCACAGGAACAUCAAGUCCUUCGUGUCCAUCCACUCGUACUCUCAGAUGCUGCUUUACCCAUACGGAUACACGAGGACGCCCGUCAAGAACCAGGCUGAGCUGCACAAUUUGGCCAGGAAGGCCGUCACCGACCUGGCUUCUCUCUACCGAACUCGCUACCGCUAUGGAAGCAUCAUCAACACCAUCUACCAGGCCAGCGGCGGAACCAUCGACUGGACGUACAAUCAGGGCAUCAAGUACUCGUUCACCUUCGAGCUGCGCGACACAGGACGCUACGGCUUCGCGCUGCCCGCCAACCAGAUCAUUCCCACCGCCAGGGAGACGUGGCUGGCCCUCAUGGCCAUCAUGGAUCACACCUCCAAGAACCUCUACUGAGGCACAUGCCGGCCCCCAGGGGACGAGGGAGCUCAGUAAUACUGUACCAAUUAAAGCAAGUCAGAACAAGAACUCUUUUGUUUGGACUU